AUGGUAGCAAGCACUGAGGCGUUAAACAAAUGGGCACGAAAAAACUGGCAUCUCGUUGCUACACAGCAAUAUUUUGACGAACAGGGUGUGUUUAUGGGUAUUUUCUACGCUGGACCAUUACUUGCGGCGGGUUUUUUUCAAUUGAUCUUGAGCAUGAAGAACAUGGUGGACAUGGUCGUGGUUGUGAAACGAGCAGAGUAUAUACAGCAGCUCAAGUCAACAAAGAAGAACGAGUAG